GCUGAUACUAGCAGAUAACCACCGGUAGGCCAGGGUGACGGUGAAUGACGUUUGAGAGAUGUUGGAGGACGGUGGUCACGCUUGGUUAACCAAGACAAUCGGGAUCAACGGUCAGUCGUGCGCCAGCGUGUAUCCUUGUUGCACCGGGAGUCGUGCACCCGCGACUUUCCUUGUGCUUUCUAUCAUUCGCGCGCCUCGCGUCAUUUCGCUCCUCGUCGAUACAGUAUAAAGUGGUUUGUCCUCUAUCGCGUCCCAGUUUGAUUGAAGAUUGUGACUAUUGUGGCAUGGAUCGGUUUUCGUAAUUAAUAAGUGUUUUAUUUCACUCUGCACACUGUUUCGCGCGGCUGUUAUUUCAUUAUUUGUCGUUAAAUGAAUUUAACGGUGGUGUUUACAUGCGAUUCAUUGUGAAAAGUUAAUGAGACGAGACGCUGAGGGAGUUAAUUUCUAUGCUGCCCACGUUGGGACAAACCUUUAUCACCAAGUGUUUUCGUCCUAUUCAGUUUCGCACCAUAUCUUCGUAAAAAUACCGCAAAGAAGGACAUCAUCGGACGCGCAAAUAAGAUCUAAGAAUUCAAUUUGUCUCGGUCAGUAGUUGCUUAACGCACACUCAGGAUAGAAUGAACGGCGGCGAGCAUUAUGAUCAAGUUAACGCGGUUCGCGUUCGUCCUGCUCACCAGUACGACAGCUGCGAUUUUCUGCACGCUAUUACUAUCUUCGGAUUUUCUCACCACCUACAGAAGGUCUUCCGCAUCACGGAAAGAACAGGUGUUCACAAGAGAAGAAAAACAAGAAAAUAGAGGGUCUACUACAAAAUCCGUCUCUACUAUAAAAUUACCUAACGCGCAAUUCGAGACGACGGCUGUCUUGAAUGCGAAUCUCCUUGAAAGAGGCUUCACCGAUAAACAGAUAGAAAGUAUAUCUCCUCUCGGAAAAUGGUUAUUGGCGCCGGAAGGGAGUUCACCCCCUCAGUCGAACGCCACCAAUAAAACUUAUUUGAUCCUGAUUUGGAAGCAUGGGCAAUUUCUGGAACGCAGACACAUCAGACAUUUCACAUCCAUCAAGUUUUCACCGUGGGAUCAAUGUUCAGUGCAGAAUUGCCUGCUAAGUUACAAUGAAAAGGAUCUGCAUCGAGCAGACGCCGUACUAUUUCAUUUACACCUCACGAGGAAUCUAUCUGAAUUACCGGCGAGAAGCCAGGCGAAUCAACGGUGGAUCUUCCUGACAGAUGAGUCACCCUUGCACACGUUUGUGCACGGUCCUCAAAGACUGUCGAACUACGAUGGUCUGUUCAACUGGUCCAUGUCAUACCGAAUGGACAGCGAUGUGCCGGUUCCCUAUGGAAGAACAAUACGAACCUUCAAAAACUUUCCGGCCAAACAUUGGGACACUACUGUGAGAACUUCCAAGACCAAACUGGUCGCUAUAAUGGGCAGCAAUUGCGGUGGUCGUAACGGACGGUGGUCCUAUGUGAAGGCACUCAAAUCGUUGCUUCACGGUGACCUGGACAUCAUCGGAAAAUGCCUAGGUGGCAACAAAACCGUUUGUCCUGGUCAUUUCGACAAGGACUGCGUCGCUUUGGAGUCAUAUAAGUUUUAUCUGUCGUUCGAGAACUCCAACUGCCGAGAAUAUUUGACGGAGAAGAUCUUUUGGAACGCGUACCGCAAAUUCGCGGUUCCGAUAAUAAUGGGAGCGUCACGGCAGGACUGUCUGCUAUUGUUGCCACCGCACUCCUACCUCCACGUGGACGAUUUCGCGGACGCGAACGCGCUCGCUGACUACAUCAGGUAUCUGGACCGCGACGAUGAGCGUUACUUCGGAUAUCAUGAGUGGCGCAAUCAUUAUCGGGUGAUCAACGAGCACGGCUACUUCGGCAGUGUCUCCAGGCACUAUUGUCGCAUAUGUGAGGCAUUGCAUUACAACUCCGUCGUGCCGAAGGUCUACACGAAUCUUGAACACUUUUGGAGCAAGGAGAGAGACUGCGUUCCAGCGAGCGCUUAGGAUACGAGAGUACAAAGAAAACAGAUUUUUUUGUUUUCCGAUAACUAACGUCAAGUUUCCUGCUUUAACGUGUGUUUAUUGUGUCUUUCUCGUCCACGCUUAUCGGCGCUGGUUGUCGGAAGGUAGAAAAUCCACUUCCUUUGUACUUAUUGCUGCUUAUAUCCUUAGAUUAUUCUCUACGAUCAUCUAGUCUUUCAAGUGUGUAGCCGUGAAGCGUAGAUGAAUUAAUAUAUAUAUAUAUACGAAUCAGUGACUUGGAAACUUUAGCAAUGGACGGCAUCAGUGGUUCAAUGUCGAACUAUCGAAACUUUCAAAUGCAUUUUAAAUUUAUAGAAAUUGUGGA